UCUUUCCGCGGCCCCGGCGGGCGGGAGGCCGGAGGGAGUGGGGAGCGUGGCCGGGGGCCUCCGCACUCGCCCCGCGGGCCACAGCUGUCCCCGGGCGGGCGACCGGUUGCCGUCGUGGCGAGCAGGGGAACCCCGAGGCCAUGGGCUGGCGCUGCUGGUGGAUCGUGGCCCUAGGAGCUGCGAGGUGCGUCCAGGACCAGAGUUCCUCACCAGGUCAUACAUGUUCUACUCCAGCCGCAUGUUUAAGGCUUACCAGUUCUACUACCGGGACUCCUCCUGCAGGGACCCCUCCUACUCCCUGGUCAUCAAGGGCAAACUCCGCCUGCGCCAGGCCUCCUGGAUCACCCAAGGGGCCACCGAGGCGGACUACCACCUCCACAAAGUGGGCAUCGUCUUCCACAGCCAGAGCGCCAUGUGGGAGAUGGCUGCCCGAAUCAACGAGACGAGCCACAGCGGCUGUAGCGGGUUUCUCCCGCCGGGCAAGACCUGGGCCCCCGGAACUGUUUACGAGCUCCUGAGCGCUAAGUCCGAGCGGGACUGCACCGCAGCCCUGGGCUUUACCAUGCACGAGCUCAGCCUGAUCCGUGUGGAGAAACGUUACCAGCUCCACCAGCCGCAGGGGAGUCGAGUGGUGGAGGAGCUGUACCUGGGGGAUGUCCACACAGAAUGGUCUGAGAGGCUCCGCUACAGGCCAACGGGAUAUCAGCGCCCGUUGCAGAGUGCCCUGCAUCACGUCCAUCCAUGUCCGGCCUGCGGCAUCAUCUACAGAUCUGAUGAGCAUCAUCCUCCUCACCUGCCACACCAGGUGACGCUGCCCAUGCGGCUCAGUGGCAGGUGGGCCAGCGCCCAGUGUGAGGUGCGUCCGGCUGUGCUGUUUCUCACCAGGCUCUUCACUUUCCAUGGCGGCAACCGCACGUGGGAAGGAUACUAUUACCACUUCUCCGACCCUGCCUGCAGGCAGCCCACCUUCACCGUCUACGCUUCUGGACACUACACCAAAGGAGUCCCGUCUUCGAAGGUGAAGGGCGGGACGGAGCUGGUCUUCAGAGUGACCCAGGCUCGGGUCACCCCCAUGGAUCAGAUGACCGUCGCUAUGCUGAACUCCUCCGAGCCAGGGAGUUGUGGGGAUGGCAGUUCCUGGGCCGCCGGAAUAGAGCGGGACAUUACGCUGACGAAUGGAUGUGUGCCCUUAGGCAUCAAGCUCCCUCAUGUGGAAUAUGAGCUCUUUAAGAUUGAACAAGACUCAAAGGAUCGCAACUUGCUGUUUAUCGGAGAAAGACCAACUGACGGAUCCAGCCCAGACAGGCCAGAGAAGCGCCCCACUUCCUACCAAGCCCCUCUUAUCCAAUGUGCGGGGAUCACCGGUGUGUUUUCUCGUCACAGUUUUCAGAGCCACUGGCUCGAAAAAUACACUAAUGGUGGAAGCCCGUCGUUAGAAGCAAGCCCUGCAACCUUUCUGCUAUCGGUCAUAGUGCUGCCAUUUUUAAACGGGGUUUAAAAUGGUGAAAGCGCUCGAUCCUGGGCAGAAAAAGGAUCUGAAUCAGUCAGGUUUACAUAUGCAUUAAUUUCAUAUUUGGUUAAGCACAAAACGACCUCACUGUGUUUUUUAUCCUUAAGACUUUGUACCCUACUAUGUGCAUGUGUGUGUACAUAUAUGUAUACUGUCUCUCUCUCUCUAUAUAUAUACGUAUACAUAUAUAUAUGCAUAUGUAUAAGUAUCCAACAGUGGACAAAGUUAGAUUGCGGACUGCCGAUUUGCCAGAGUGAACUGUGCAUCUGGGGCACACUUGUUUCCAAAACUACAUUACAUACUAUGCAGUUUUCAAUGUAUAAAUUAAGGAUAUUCCUUUUAGCUUUCAGUAUUUCUGUAGUUUAACUAAGGGCCUUAUCCAAGGAGAAACCUGCUUUCCCAAGUGUCAGCAGCUUAAUUCCUCAAGUUGGGUUUCCUCUCUCUGUUUUUAUCAAAUUCAGGCCUCAAGAUCUCUUAACCCACCUAAGAAACACACCUCUCCUGGACCUCCACUUACAUGCAGAGUCUAGCAAGGGUUCACAAAGAACAGCACCUGGGGAGAGAACUGGGUAGGGCAGCCCUGCCACUUCUAAGGCAUUAAAGGAAGAUGGAUCUAUUUAGUUUCACUGAGAUGUCUAGCCUCUGGAAAUCAAUGAAAAUUGUCACUUGGAGAGAUUGUCUGUGUCAAACCACUAGUAAAUAAGAGUAUUAUUCCUCUCUUACCAUUGGGUAAACUACCUUUGGAAGAUACCCCUGAACUAGCAAAGUAAGAAGGAACCCCUUUUUCCAGCAUCUUCUCUAACCAUUUCCUGAUACUUCCAGUAGGGCUAUUUUAACUUAUAAUACCCAUAACAUUGAUUCAUCAGCAUGCUGACCUCUUGCAUUAAUCCAUCAUCCUUUAUACCAGACUAAAAACAGGACCAGGUUUCCCAGGAAAAGUACGUUUAUACCCUGGGGUCGACAUGAAGUUACACCAGGGAACACCUCGUUGCUGCUUCCUAGAAGCCUCUAUGGCUUUAAGCUGUUUCAUUCAUUAAAUUGUAUUUAUUGAGUGCUUACUGUGUGCAGAAAACUGUACUAAGUUUCCCAAACAGCUACCCCAGAACACCCUGUUGUACACUCUAAUUGGGGUGUUUCGGGACCCGUACACUCUAGUAUUCCAAAGGUUCACUGUGAGGUUUGAUUUGUGUUCCCGGGAAUGAUUUAAAUUCUGGCGGAGCCAAGUUGCCAAGACUUUAUUUCCAUGAAUUUCUCUCAUCGACAUUCGUAUACGUUUUUUACCUAUUGCACAUUUGAGAGUGUGAACACUCAUCUUCAUCAUUAAACAGGGAGCUCCUUGAGGACUAGGCUCAUGUCCUUCUAUUAUAUAUUCCUAAGCAUCAAGUGAAGUGCUGUGCACCUAAUAGGCACUCAAUAAAUGCUGUGUCGAGCUUCCAACGGUACCCCGUUCCAGUCCCUGGCUCUACUUACCCUAGGUGAAUGAUUGCUGUUUAAAGUGCCUGCAGGACUUUGGUGCUAAUUUACUUUCCUAAAGCCAUAAUAGGCCAAAGCAUCUGUCAGAUUAGAUGCAUCCAAGUUUCCUAUCUAUCCAUGUUAAAAAUGAAGUAUUUUUUGCAAGUUUGAAAUAUUUCAGCUACAUGACUUAGAUUAUUUAUGGGUUUUCAUAAAUUCAUAGUUUUGGGGAGGGAAAGGACUUGUGCACAUCAGUGUUUCUGGUCCAAAUCAUUUUAUCUUUGACGUUACAGUUUUUUGUUAGAAAAUUUAAAUCAUGUACAUCAACACCAGUACAGUCUUAAAAAUGUUCUUUCUGGUUAUUGGACUACUGGCUUUGGUUCUAAUUUUAAUCCAGGGAGUUUCUUUAAAGUAAGGUUCAAAUCCCAAAUCAGAGCAAAUGUUUGGAAUGCUUGCUAUCCAGCAGGAACCCAAAUUCAUUAAAUAGACUUUGGAAUUAGGUGAGAUUUUAGAAGUUGUUUCAUUGUUCUUUCAG